AUUCUCUUUCUUUUUGUAUAAUGCUGCUGUGACGCUGUAAUUUUCCAGUCUGGGAUCAAUAAAGAACGUCUGAUUUUCAUUUACAAGGGGCGGUGUUUCAGACUAACAACUCCCCAUAUCUAUCACCCGGAAGUUCAAAAGGAAAAAGGCCAUUUAUCAUCACGCUUCCAAUAUGGCGGUGAAUCUCACAGACCUCUCCCUUCCUCAGUUAGAAGGACUCAAAAGCCAAUUAGACCAGGAGGUUGAAUUUCUGACGUCUUCAAUAGGUCAGUUCAAAGUUGUCCAGACCAAGUAUGUUGAAGCAAAAGACAGUUUAAAUGUCCUGAACCAAAACAAUAAAGGAAAAGAAUUGCUUGUGCCUCUCACCAGUUCUAUGUAUGUCCCAGGAACAUUAAAUGAUGUGGAACAUGUCUUAGUGGAUGUGGGAACAGGAUAUUAUGUUGAAAAGAAUGUGGAGGACUCGAAGGCUUUCUUCAAGCGCAAAAUAGAUUUUCUCACAAAGCAGAUAGAGAAAAUUCAGCCAGCUCUUCAAGAAAAACAUGCGAUGAAACAAGCUGUGAUUGAGGUAAUGAAUGUGAAGAUCCAGCAAUUACAACAGAGCCAACAAGGAUCACAGAUGGUUGGAAGCACCAAGGCCUAAGGACAAAAACUGUUUGAGCUCUUUGUGACUGGGGCAUUUUUAAAUUUGUUUCCAUAAAUGACUAAAUCUGAAAUGCACAAACCUUGUUUCAGAUAUAAGUAGGCUGUUAUCAAAGUGAAGAAAUGUGUACUUGAUCAGUUUUAAAUUAAUUAAAUUGGGUGUCUACAUUUGGAAAAUUAGCGGUUACUGUGGAUUUAAGGGACAUUAAAGUGUGUCACUGUCAUUUGUUCACUGAGUUCAUCUAAUAUUUCUGUUCUUGCUUGAUAAUGAAACAUUUUCACUAUUAUAAGUAAAAGAAGUGCAACUUGCAGGACACCUGCAUUACAGAGAUGUUUACUUUUUCUUUCAUUAAACAUCUGACUUUUACCUUUACUUGAGUUUAUAAUAGGUCCAUCAAAACCUGAUAAUCUUAUGUAAAUGAGUGCAGGAUUAUUUGACUGACAUCCUAACAAGACUUCUAAAUUGCCCAGUUCAAGGAUUCCAAGUCAAGAUAGUGACAAGUACAAUUGUCUCAAUAAAGUUGUCAACUAUA